AUGGGGGGAGUUCAAAUUGGUGGGAAAAUAGGUAGAAGCAUGGAUGGAAAAAUGAAAGAGGGAGAUAUGAAGAAAUCUAGAAAUAUCCACCUGGACUUGGAGGAAGUGGCAAUGUGCAGCAUAGAGGCUCUUAAAGCCAAUCCCUCCAAUGUUGAAGCUCUAUAUAGUCUAGGAAAAUACCAUAUAGAAAACAAAAAUAUAGAUGAAGUAGAGACUAUUGCAAAUAAGUUGUUUGAAUUAGAGGAGGAAUCUUACGAGGCAUGUGUACUAAGUGGGCACAUAGGUCUGCAGACAAGUGAGCUAGAUAAGAGCUACGAGAACUUUGUGAAGGCAUAUGGCAAGGUAGAAUACAAAGACAAGUUUCUGAUAUAUGGAAUCUCGCUUUUUUACGAAGCCUUAGGAGACUAUGCAAGUGAAAGACCCUGGCUUGUACUUCUGAAUAAGCUGGGGGUAGAGGAGUACAAGAGCUAUGAAGUUUUGUUUAGAACAGGUGUUUGUCUUAAGAAAAUGAACAGACUUCAAGACUCGAUCAAUGUCUUCCGUGUGAUCUUGUACGAUCCCGUAUCGGAUACCUAUGAUCCCUAUGCUCAAAUCCAGAUGGCACACCUUUACGAGAUGCAGUCCAAGCAUGACCUUGCAAUCGAGAUCUUGAGCAGGAUAAAGAAGGAAGGAAAGCUCAACCUUAUGGUUUCGAGACUCCAUGCAUGGAUAGACUUCAAGGUUGGGAACUUUCGGAGAGUAAGGAAGCGGCAUAAAGAAGAUAGUGAUACUAUUGACGAUCCUUAUCUCCUGUAUCUAGCCGGAAGGAUAAAGUACAUGGAGAAGAACUACACAGAUGCACUGAGAAAGUAUAUGAAGGUUAUUCAAACAGAUUCCAUCUGUGGAAUGGUGCACAACUCUAUAGGAUGCAUAUACCUUCGGCAAGGAAAUCUUGUAUCUGCAAAGAUUGCCUUCAUAAAUGCCCUAGAGGCCAAUCCAAGGUUUUCUGAAGCAUCAAUGAAUCUCAAGCAUAUCGAAAAAAUCAUACCUAAGAAAACAAAGGAAACCAUCGAACCGCUGGAGGACAUUCUAUACAAUCCGAGAGAACUACCUCCAUCAAUCGGGAGAACAAGAUACCUUGACUCUGGAGGGGUUUUUUCUGAUCCGGUGUAUAACAUCCACCCUCGGAUGUUUAGAAUUCUUCUUCCGAUGAAAACAUCUAAACUCGAGUUACUUCCUGGACGAUCUUAA